GCCAUCCGUAUUUCCACCCCACAACCCUCCUGCCGGGAACCCUCCUCCGCUCUCCACUGCUCCUGACUUGCCGCCAUGGCCGCUGCGCGCAUCACCGCCGCCGCGUCGUUUCUGCUUUCUGCGUCCAUCUCGCGAGCUGUCGCCGCUCCCCCCGCCUCCGCGCCACUGCGUUCCGCCUUUCUUCCGCGCCAACCUGUCUCCCUCCAACGAGCCUCUCCGCGGCUCCCCAACCGGGCGCACAGCGGACAGCCCGGAGGAGCGGGGCUCGGGGUGGCGGGGAAGAGGGGGAAAGGCGCGCGCGCAGAGACACAGCCGGAGAAGCCAGAGGGGAAGGCGCCCUUCGGCUACACGCGGCUGGACGUGAUUCUCAUCGGCGUCGGCAUCACUGCCGCCGGCUUCGCCCUCAAGUACGGGCUCGAAUUUGCGGGGUUUGACUCGUUCCAGUCUGGCAGUGUGGUGCAGCUGGUGCUGGUGCUGGGGCUGUGCCUGGUGUGGGCGGCCAGCUACGUGUGGCGCGUGGGCAACAAGGAGAUGACCUACGUGAAGCAGCUCAAGGACUAUGAGGAUGCUGUCAUGAAGAAGAGGCUGGAGGCGAUGCCGGAGACAGAGCUGGAGGCCAUGCUGGCACAGGUGGAGGAGGAGAAGGAGAGGCUCCGCCAGAAGAAGGACGGCAGCAAGCAGUGACGCAGCGUGGGUUUUAUUGAUACAGGGCUAUUUCUAUCAGGCUUACGGUCAAACUCAAUAUCCUGUUUUUGGGAUGUGGAGCAACCUAUUGCAAUCCAGGCCCCAAAUUAGUCCGGUGAAGUGCCCUGAUUGCCCUGAUUUUUCAGGUGUUUUUUUUUUUUUAAUUUGGUGUUGAAAAUCAGACUUACGAGAUUUGUUACCUUGAUCUGAAAAGUGUUACAAUUUUUUUACCCUGACGAAAACAGGGUUGCAAGUGUCAAACAUAGCUUAUGCAGCUACUGUAGACUAUAUAUGUUUGUGCCUUAGUGGGUACAACUCUCUAAACUAUAUUGCCUUGUAUCUCACC